UUUUGUUUUCGUUUGCGUCUGGUCUCGUCUGGUUGUCUGCUUGGACAAUUCGGCGACUACAGUAUAGAAACCGUGCUGUGCAGUGUUAUUCCAAAUAGCGAAGCAAAGAUGAAAGUCACCCUGGCAAUAGCGACUUUCUGCGUGGUGAUGGCCUGCAGCCAUGCGGCCAGAACCACCACAACCACAGCGACCAAGCCGGGUCGCUUCCUCUCACUGCCCGUGCCCGCCAAGUGCGCCAGCCGUCCCAAGGAGUUCUCCUACCGCGGCAAAAACAUGUUCCUAACCUCCCACGUGCCCGCCCUGGCCAACAAGAAGGUCGACUGGCUGGAUGGCCGCAAUCUGUGCCGCGAGUACUGCAUGGACCUGGUUGCCCUGGAGACCCAAGAGAAGAACAACCUGAUCUUCCGCGUCAUCCAGCAGAACGAUGUGCCGUACAUCUGGACGGCCGGACGUAUCUGUGACUUUGCCGGCUGCGAGAACCGUCCGGAUCUGGAGCCCAAGACCGUCUAUGGAUGGUUCUGGUCCGCAACUCGCGAGAAGAUCCAGGCCACCAACCGCAUUCCACAGGGAUGGGGCUACAACCCCUGGUCGCAGACCGGACACAAGAAGCGCCCACAGCCCGACAACGCCGAGUACGACAUCAACCAGACCAAGGAGCAGUGUCUGUCCGUUCUGAACAACGUGUACAACGAUGGCAUCGCCUGGCACGAUGUGGCCUGCUACCAUGAGAAGCCCGUCAUCUGCGAGGACAACGAGGAGCUGCUGCGCUACGUGGCGGCCACGAAUCCUGGAAUCCGUCUAUAGAGCGGCUCGCUGGGCGUUCGCUGUGUUUGCCUAAUUUUAAAGCUACUUAUUAUAAUAUUCCUUAAAACGAGUUUUUGUAUAAUUUUUGUUUGUAUGUGUACGACGAAAACGGAAGAAAGCAAGACAAAUAGACUUUAGAAUUUACAAUUUCCGAUCUUA